UCAUCUUUUUACAUGUAUGCGAUAACUCUCCCCCUUCCCCACUGCCCUUUAUAUCAAACAAGGACUCUGGAAGAGCUUCGCUGUGUUACUGCUAGACACUUCAAAAUGAAAGUGUGUUCUCCUCCUCCUCCUUCUCUCUGUUUCCCAUCACUUGCUCUAGUUUUGCUUCUGUGUGUCACCGGAGGAAAUGUAGCUGCCGCCAUCCCGGCCAAGAUUGGCAGCGGCUACCGUCUGGUCUCCGUCGAGGAGACCUCCGACGGGGGCCUGGUGGGCCACCUCAUGGUGAAGCAAAACAACGACAUCUACGGCCCAGAUAUUCCCCACUUGCAGCUUUUUGUCAAGCACGAAACGGAGGACCGCUUGAGGGUUUACAUCUCCGACGCAGAGAAGCCGAGGUGGGAAGUCCCUUACAAUCUAUUACCGCGAGAACAGCCUCCGUCGCUGAAACAGAGGAUUGGGACAUUGGGGAAAAACCCAAUAGCAGUAACAGAGUACUCUGGCUCUAAGCUCAUCUUUAGCUUCACCACAGACCCAUUUAGUUUCGCGGUGAAAAGGAAAUCAAAUGGGCAGAUUCUCUUCGACACCAGCUCAGAACAAAACGACCCAUUUAGCAAUUUGGUGUUUAAAGAUCAAUAUCUAGAGAUUUCCACCAAAUUGCCCAAGGAUGCUUCUCUGUACGGGCUGGGAGAGAACUCACAGCCUCACGGGAUUAAACUUCAUCCCAAUGAUCCUUAUACUUUAUAUACUACUGAUAUAUCUGCGAUUAACUUAAACACGGAUCUAUAUGGGUCGCACCCAGUGUACAUGGAUCUUAGGAAUGUAAAGGGGGAAGGCUCUGCUCAUGCAGUUUUGCUGUUGAACAGCAAUGGAAUGGAUGUGUUUUACAGGGGAAGUUCUUUGACCUACAAGGUGAUAGGGGGGGUGUUUGAUUUCUACAUUUUUGCUGGUCCCACGCCCCUUGCUGUUAUUGAUCAGUAUACCACGUUUGUGGGCAGGCCGGCUCCCAUGCCUUACUGGGCUUUUGGAUUCCACCAAUGCAGAUGGGGUUAUCACAAUCUCUCUGUAGUAGAGAAUGUUGUCGAGAACUACAGAAAGGCUCGAAUCCCACUUGAUGUGAUUUGGAAUGAUGACGAUCACAUGGAUGGGCACAAGGACUUCACUCUCAAUCCAACGAAUUACUCUCGCCCGAAACUCUUAGCGUUUCUGGAGAAGAUACAUUCUAGAGGCAUGAAAUAUGUUGUCAUCAUUGACCCUGGUAUUGCUGUUAACAACACUUAUGGUGUAUAUCAAAGAGGCCUGGCAAAUGAUGUAUUCAUCAAGUAUGAGGGCAAGCCUUACCUAGCUCAAGUCUGGCCUGGGGCUGUUAACUUCCCUGACUUUCUUAACCCAAAAACUGUUUCAUGGUGGGGUGAUGAGGUCCGUCGAUUCCAUAAACUUGUCCCUGUUGAUGGCCUGUGGAUUGACAUGAAUGAAGCCUCAAAUUUUUGUUCUGGGUUAUGUGAACUUCCAAAGGGGAGGAUAUGUCCAAAUGGAACUGGGCCUGGUUGGGUCUGUUGCUUGGACUGCAAGAACAUAACGAACACAAGAUGGGAUGAUCCACCCUAUAAGAUAAAUGCCUCUGGAAUGCAGGCACCAAUUGGGUUCAAAACUAUUGCCACUAGUGCAGUUCACUACAAUGGGGUUUUGGAGUAUAAUGCUCAUAGCAUCUAUGGUUUCUCUCAGGCCAUUGCAACUCAUAAGGCACUUCAAGGGAUUGAGGGCAAGCGUCCGUUUAUAUUAUCCCGCUCCACUUUUGUUGGCUCGGGUGCUUAUACUGCCCACUGGACAGGUGAUAACAAGGGAACUUGGGAUGAUUUGAAGAUUUCAAUUUCUACCAUGCUAAAUUUUGGUAUUUUUGGAGUGCCAAUGGUUGGUUCAGAUAUAUGUGGGUUCUAUCCAGCACCCACUGAGGAACUUUGCAACCGUUGGAUAGAAGUUGGUGCAUUUUACCCCUUCGCAAGGGACCAUGCCAACUAUUAUUCUCCAAAUCAGGAGCUGUAUGUGUGGGAUUCCGUUGCUGAGUCUGCCCGUAAUGCUCUUGGAAUGCGGUACAAGAUCCUUCCUUACCUUUACACAUUGAACUUCGAAGCUCACAUUAGUGGUGCCCCAAUAGCCAGGCCACUUUUCUUCUCCUUCCCAGAUCUUGCUGAGUCUUACGGUUUAAGCACCCAGUUCUUGCUGGGGAGCAGCCUCAUGGUGUCUCCAGUACUCGACCAAGGGAAAUCUGAGGUCGAGGCGUUCUUCCCUCCAGGUACUUGGUACAGUUUAUUUGACAUGACUGAAACCAUAACAUCGAAAGCAGCACGCUAUGUUACGCUUAAUGCACCAUUGCACGUGGUCAAUGUGCAUCUAUACCAAAACACUAUCCUCCCAAUGCAGCGGGGUGGGAUGAUUUCUAAGGAAGCAAGAAUGACACCUUUUAGCCUUGUAGUGACCUUCCCGGCAGGGGCUAGUGAGGGAGAAGCCAAGGGAAAUUUAUUCCUGGACAACGAUGAGCUCCCAGAGAUUAAUCUUGGAAAUGGGCAGUCCACAUAUGUUGAUUUCUAUGCAACUGUAAGCAAGAAUAAGGUGAAGAUUUGGUCCGAAGUUAAAGGAGGCGAAUUUGCUUUAGGAAAAGGUUUGAUUAUUGAGGCAGUGACUGCGUUGGGAAUGGGUGGAAGUGGGGAGGCAUUUGCACUCGAGAUCGAUGAUAAUCCAGUAGUUGAUGUUUCGCAGGUGGAGAUCACUGCAUCAGAACAAAAGUACAUGACAAAUUUGGAAGUUGGGGAUAGUAAGAGGAAGACUAUGAUGGUAGAGGUGAAAGGGCUGCAAAUACCAGUAGGGAAGAAAUUUACAAUGUCCUGGAACAUAGGGUUCAGCCCUUGAGGGUGAGAAAGUUCUCUGCAGCUGUUGUGGACCAAGUACUAUUAGCUUAUUUUCUCUUUGAUUGUUGCUGAUUUUUUCACUGCGCACCGAUGUUCUGGAGGGAGAGGUGAUGAGCUAAAGGAUUAAUUCAUCCUUCUCCUAUGUAAACACAAGAGUGAAGGUCUGAUCCUCAUUGGUCACGCGGAGGCCCUUCAUUUUUGUUGUACCUUACAAUGGAGUUUUUCAAUUUUCUGGUCGUUUGAGUUGCAACAUUCAGAGACUUGUGCCUCUCAUCUGUUGUUUAAUGCUCUGGUUUGAGGUAAACCCAGUGGGAUUUUCAGUUUUAAGCUGCAAAUGCCUAACCUUACCCGAGUUUGGAGUUCGGAUUUCACUUGUUUGAUUUGAAUUUGUUUUGGAUAAGCUAAUGUUUGAACAAGAAGAAACUCUAUUUGGUUGACAAAAUGAAAUAAAUAAGUAGUGCAUAUAUGUUAUACUAGUA